GCGGGACCGCAACAUGCGCGCGCCGGGGCGUCUUUUAAGUGCCACCACCGUGCGGUCCGUCUCCGGCCAGGGUGCCGGCCUCUGACACCCCCCCGAUAAUCUCCUCAGUCGCCGCGAAUCCCCCCCCCUGUGUUCCCGGCAACCGUAGCCCUUACGAGGUCGUGUUCUCCAUCAUGGAUUUCCUCAAGAACAUGCUGUUCGACCAGGCCACCAGCUCGCCCACCUGGGCCUUCUGGCUGCUGGCCGCCGUCGGUGCGGCUACCCUUGCCCGUAUGGCCCUGUGCACGAUGACCUCGGCCAAGCAGAUGUUCGGCCCGGCCAACAACAUCCGCGCGUAUGGCAACUGGGCCCUGGUCACCGGCGCCACCGAUGGCAUUGGUCUGUCCUUCGCCAAGAUCCUCCGCGAGAAGGGUCUGAAUGUCAUCAUCGUCGGCCGCUCGCCGGAGAAGCUGGCCGCCGCCCGUGAGGAGAUCCUGGCCCACAAGGCCAAGACCGCCUCCACCGAGGUCCGCACCGUGCUGGCCGACCUGUCCAACCCGGAGUCCAUCAAGGACAUCAAGACCGCCAUCAGCGAGGUGGAGGUCGGCAUCCUGAUCAACAACGCCGGGCUCUCCUACAACCAUGCCGACUACCUGCACAACAUCUCCCCCACCCUCAUCAACAACCUCAUCGCCGUCAACGUUUCCUCCCUCACGCACAUCACCCAGGCCGUCCUGCCGGGCAUGACUUCCCGCCGUCGUGGUCUGAUCAUCAACAUCGGCUCGGCUGCCGGUCUCAUGUCCACCGGUGACCCGCUCUACUCGGUCUACUCCGGCACCAAGGCCUACGUCGACAAGUUCUCCCGCUCCCUCAACCUCGAGUACAAGUCCCAGGGCAUCCAUGUUGAGUGCUGUGUCCCCUACUUCGUCGUGUCCAAGAUGAGCAAGAUUCGCAAGCCCAACUUCAUGACCCCCACCGCCGACAACUUCGCUCGCUACGCCCUCCAGCGUUCCGGCCGCAGCUUCCUCGUCCUGCCGUACCUGCCCCAUGCGCUGCAGCACUUCGUGCUCGAGUCGCUCCCCCUGUCGAUCUCGUCCAAGCUGGUCCUCCGCCACCAUCUGGAUGUCCGCCGCCGGGCCCUUAAGCGUGCCGAGCGUCUGGCUGCCGAGGCCGCCAAGGCCCAGGCCACCACCGCCAACUAAGGGGACCGGACUGAGGCGGGGCAUGUUGGCGCGGGACAUGGGGUGCAUGUCAUCCCCCCCCCCCCCCGU